AUGCUCCUCCGGCAGUUUACUGCUGCCAGUCCGUCUGUUAGGACCGCGUUUCGCCGCAACGCUACUGCCACAUGGCAACAACUACGCCCAAAGUCCUCCGCUGUCACCCCAGUCGAGCUGCACUUCGACAAGGUUGUUGCACCAGAUGGAAAUGAAAAAGGGAAACCACUAGUGAUUAUCCAUGGACUUUUCGGGACGAAGCGGAAUUGGGGAUCACUGUCCAAGGCGUUUGCGAAGGACCUGGGGAGGCCGGUGUAUGCGCUGGACAUGCGCAACCAUGGAACCUCUCCACAUGCCGAGCCACAUUCAUACCUCGCUAUGGCCGCCGACGUCCUCCAUUUCCUUGACCGCCACAAGCUGACCAACAUCUCGCUCAUGGGACAUUCUAUGGGAGGAAAGGUCGCUAUGGCCGUUGCACUCGACCCCAGCCUCCCUUCCGACCUACUCUCAAACCUCGUGGUGGUUGACAUCGCACCCUCGGUUGGAUCGCUCUCUCCAGAGUUCCAGGGCUACAUCCAAGCCAUGCAGGAGAUUGAGGACCACGACGUCAUGUCUCGGAAAGAAGCGGCGAGCUUGCUCGAGCCGUACGAGCAGGAUCCCAUGACAUGUGCAUUCCUCCUCAUGAACUUAGAGCAUGCGGGCCCGCACCAUCCGAAGCCGCUCAAGUUCAAGAUUCCCAUAGGUCUGCUUGGCCGCUCAAUCCCGGAACUUGGCGGCUUCCCGUACACUCCAGGCGAGCGUACAUUUGAGAAGCCCACACUGUUUAUCAAGGGUUCGCGGAGCAAAUAUAUCAACCGACAUAACGUCGGUCUGGCGGAGGAGCUCUUCCCGAACAUGACGAUGAAAGAACUACCCACAGGACAUUGGGUACACUCAGAGAAGCCGAACGAGUUCAAAGCUAUGGUCACCGAGUUCUUAAAGGACAACUGA